AUGGGAGCAGCACUCACAACUCCGGUGAAACCGCCUUAUCAGUCAAAUGCGAACAUAACGUUUAGGAGUCAAGGCUCAACUAAUUUCGUUGGAGGUAUACCUGGUUACACGGUGUUGGACAAUGUAUGGUAUCAUGACCGGACAUUGUAUAUGAUCGACGAUGCUCUUCAGGAAUUACCCUCAACAAAUCUACUGUUCACUGCCGCUCCGGAGAAAGAUGGAGACACACCACUUCAUGAUGGUAUUAGUCGUCUUGUAACCAUUCCAACCGGAUCCGAGGGACCGUCUCCUCAAGAAGGUGAUGUUAAUAGUGGAAUCAUAGAAAUGUCAGGAACGACAUUCCUUCUAAAUGACGGCUGGCCAGGUUCAUGGUCAGGUUACUUCAUGUAUUACCAUUUCGCCUCUGAAGUCAUCUUAGGAUCCAUCAGUGCCCUUUCGUCGAUCACCUCGGCAUUACCGUCGGAAUACACUAAGCCUUGGAAUGUAUAUAAAGGACUCGGAAGAAGGUUGAGUCUACAAAGUCCCAGUUCGGACUCGCGCGGAGAGGAUCAAGUUAUAUGGGAAUCUGGGGGAUUGGCUAGAGCAGGGAUAAUACCGAGUAGAGUGGUUGUAGCCUGGGAGUGGAACUGGGAUGGGAAAGAUGGAUUGAGUCGAGCAGUAGCGGAGGGGCUAGUGGGAAAAGAGGGCAUCAUCGAUCCACAAGGUUGGAAAGAUCUGACAAGUGAGAAACAAUGGAUUUAUUUUGAACGAAUCUUAAUAGCAGACCGGGGUACCUCUCAUCGCAAUAACCCUCUAGGUAAAAAAUGGUACAAGAUGGCUUUAGACGCAUACAAGCUUGUCCCUUCUCCGAAGUCACUCUCACCAAUGAGAGAAAAGUUCCUAUCAUACUACAAUAUCCCAAUCAAGAAUCGUAGAGGUCCUGAUAGAAGUGUAAACAAGAAGAAAGUAAAAGCGAUAUACGUCAACAGACAAGGAAGCGAUAGGAAAUUCGCAGAUGAAGUUCAUCGGGAUUUACUGAAGGCUUUGAAGCAGAUAGAGUACAAGGGAAAUGCAAUAAUCAUAGAUGCGAAGUUAGAGACGUUGACGUUGCAAAAGCAGUUUGAGCUGUUUGCGGAUGCCGAUAUCAUCUUUGGUGUACAUGGGAAUGGACUCACACAUGAAAUGUGGAUGUCGGCAGGAGGUAUAGUGAUAGAGUGUUUCCCUCCCCAGACUUUCGCGUAUGACUACGCGCCUAUAAGUGAAGUACUGGGACACGAGCAUAUAAUAUGGAGGGAGAACCAGACCAUGCCUUCGGAUCAGUGGGAGCCUAAGAACGGAGGUGAAGGCUUCAGGCUGCAUGAUGGGUCAAUAUUUCCACUUGAUGUCGACAUCUUUUCCCGGUGGUUACAAAGGAAGAUCGAUAGCAUGUUAGAGGCAUAG